AUUAUGGCAAGCACGGGCUCUGGUGUACGUUCGCAGCUCGCUCAAAGGACUUGCUGUGCAGGCAGCCGCCGCCCGCAACAGACGCCUCUCGCAGACUCCAAACGACACACAGACACACUCCCACAGGCCGCCACCACCACCCACCGUGCCUAUCAGUCAGUCGUCUUUAGCCCUCAGCCUAGAGACACUUGUGUGUAGGAGUGAGUGCGUGUCUCGACAUCUCGUCUUUCAGCAAGGGAAAGGGAUUCUGCAACUGGGACCGUGUCGUUCAAGCCACACUUGUUGCUCUCGAGAAAGGCGAAGAACACCGCGCGUGGGAAAAACAGCGCCAGCACAAGGAGGAGCGUGUCCAUGGCCUGCUGGAAUUCGCAACACUCAUAAGGGCGAAAACGUCAAAAGGACGAAAGUCUGUCAACCUCACGGGAGACGAUAUCGGUAUACCCCCCCCCCGGAGAAUGGCCUUCGUCAUGGCAGCAGCACCAGCUUCAAACUCCUGCAUUGUUCUCACAAAUACAAAGACUUGUGCAGCUCAGGAAGGCCAACCGGUUCUCACGGGCGCAUACUACAACUCCACAGAAACCUUCGACGAUUUCAUAAACCAGUCUUUCGACGAUAACCCAGCGUAUGUGCAGGGCUUCAAAUCGGGGUUCGACUGCCCAAACUACGACGGCAGCGGGCAACGCUACCACUUAACUUUCUAUUGCGCGUGGCUGGUCCGUGCCUCCGCGGCCAGCUGCAAGAGUUUCGGGGUAACGCCUACGAAAGCGGCAUUACCAUUAUGCAGAUCGACGUGCCUGGCGGCGCGGGACUCGCUGGUGCGGCUGUUUACAAACCCGACGUACUGCUCAGCAGCACCGAAUGCACAGGCGCUGACCACACGGACCGAAUCGCAGAAUGCCUACACGAGCAUGUGCGGGGUCCUAAAACUAAAUAGCGGCGCAGGCUGCGAUAGCGGGACACUCGCUAGUGAAAUCAACACCUGCGGAUUCAUCCACGCCCCUGAGGCCCUCACCUUUUGCAAAAAUGCGAGCAAAAACGGCGCCACCAUCGACCCAUGCUGUAAACAAGUCGAAGGUUUUGAGUUCCCGACCGAUUCACCCGUCAGCAAAGGCGUUAUCGUCGGGAUAUCCCUCGGCGCCAUUUUCGCCGUCAUCGCCCUCAUCUACGCCUUCUUUGUCUUCAAAGCGCGGCGUCAGCGCCAAAAUCGCGGUGAUGUAGGCGUGUACAACUCAGCAGGCAGCGGCCGCUCAGCAGCAUCCACCCGUUCGGACAUGAAAGAACGCAAUCGGCCCCGCAGCGGCUCCCUCCACUCCCUCGCCAUCGGCAAGGAGAAGGAUAUGUUCCGCGGCGUCGGGUACGACGAGGAACGCAUUUUCUCCGCCUCCAGCUCGAACCACCAUGACUUGUAUAGUCCCCGCAGCCCGAUGUCUCCACCAUUCACGCCAAACCGGUCCUCGCGAAUCCCGCUGAUGACACACCGCGGCAGUUUUGCAGUAACGAGCCCGCCGCCAAAUAUCCCCCUCCCAAGCCUCCCCCGCGGACCAGAAGAUACACCCACAUCCCCCUCCCCAUCCCACGACCCAUUCCACUCCCCCGCCGCCUCCAACCCCUACCGCCUUACCGAACUCCUCACCCCCGAAACGCAUUCCCUGAACGGGAGCACGAUUGCCGGCAGCCAUCGCAGUCGGAGCACGUUAGCGACAUUGACUGCGCGAGAGGAGGCUACUGCAGCGACUGCGGCAGUGGCGGUGGCGGGAAGGAAACCGAGCGUGCGUACGGAUAUCCAGCCGACGAGGAUGAGGGUGUGGGCGGAGUAUGUGCCGAAUGUGAAUGAGCCGGAUGAGUUGGAGUUGAGGGUGGGGGAUGUGGUGCUUGUUGUGGAGACUUAUAGUGAUGGUAAGUGAUUCAUGACGGAUUCUUUCGGAUUUAGGAGGGAGUUGAUUGACUGACUUUGGCCUUUUUUUUUGUCCUUUUCUCUAGGCUGGGCGCGUGGACAGAACCUCAGGGGAUCACAAGAAAUCGGCGUAUUCCCCGUCGCUUGCCUGCAACCCACCAACUCGUAGACCAUCAACCCCGAACAUUAUCCACUCAUUGCGCUUGGAUGGGGCCCCACAUGGCGUACACCCUCCCCAUCAACCGCGACGUACUCUUCCUCCUUCCUAUCUAUCUAGUCAUCCCGGCGAUAACCUAGAACCAGACACAGACCAUUCUACACUAGACGAGAAGCUAGACAUUUUCCCCACUGCCGCACGUACAUAGACCCUUAUCAUUACAAGCGUUGAGCGCCCUUUUGACAUUUUGCAAUGUUUUUGCAUAUACCUGAAUCAAACGUUUAUCUAUAUGGAUG